AUGAAUGAGGUGGAUAUUGUACCUUCCGAUGACAUAUGGUCUUUGUGCGAGCGUCUAAGGGUGGAGAAAUUACUCAUUAGUAGCGAGGUUAGUUGUUUGCAACAACUUCAUGAUGAGAUCUACAGGAAGUUUUUACAACUGGGUUUGCAGUCCUGGAAUAGCAAACAACAUCAGCUCCUACUUCAACGUCUCGUUAGUUCGCACAAUUGUGUAUCGCAGGACAACUGUUGUGCACUAUCGGCGCAACUUAAUUCGGCUGAAGUCGAAGAGGCGUAUAGGAGGUUGGGUCACCAUCACUCUCUAUUCGCAAAGUGUUUAUCGCUUCUGUUUUCUUCACCUCUAUGCACAGCUGAACUCCUACACGCAGUUGGGCCCAAUCAGGAAAUUUCAUCCGAUGAAAGCAUUCAUGCAGUCUUCGGACUUCUCUAUGGCAAUUGCGUUUUCCCUACCGAUGAAAAAGCAGUUCUAGAGACACUAUCAUGUCUGAUACGAGUACAACUUCUAUCGCAUUCUAAUCCACGCCUCAUCAUUCGCAAGGGAACUGCAGCCUUUCCUCGUUUGUAUAAGCUGUACAGCGAAUCUCUCUAUGCAGUGAAGAUUUUUCUAACGGCCGCACUCCACGAUUCGGUAAUGCUAGUUCUGUGUCAGGACGAAGUUUUCCUUGAUAUUGAUCCCAAUAAGUCGCCUUUGAGAUUUCCCAGUGCUGAUCGAGUUCGACGUUUUGGUGAUGAUCCUACGAGUGCGCAGUACCACAAGAAGAUGGCCGUUCAUCGUAAACUAAUUGUUGAGAGAUUGGUUGUGCUUACCCACAGUUUCAUUAAGGGUAUCUGCGAUGCCAUCUCUUGCUUCCCAUUAGGCUUAAUAUGGUUGGUGCAACAACUAAAUUCGGCAUUAACUGAUAUUAAGCGGUUAAGUGCGAAUGAGGCAGCCCUCAUAUGUACCGAUCUUAUUGUCACUAAUUUGCUUUGUCCUGCUAUUAUCAAUCCCGAAACUAUUGGGAUAAUUAGUGAUACGCCUAUAAGCCACAUCGCUCGUUUCAACCUUAUGCAGAUUGGACAGAUCAUCCAGACUCUUGCGCUGAGUCGUCACGAAACACCACAACCGCACUUCCAAGUUUUCAUCUCGCAUUUCAAAGAUAGUCCUAUUUGUGGACUUGUUGGUUCACUUCUUUCUCGUCCACUUCCCUCCUUCAACUCCAUCUUCACCUCUAUUCUCUCUGAAUCUCAUCGAACAAGAGAACUUUUUCGUCGCACUUACUUUAUGGGAUCAUUGGCUGAGGUUAACACCUUGGUUUCGAUAUUGCAUUCAAGUGCCGUAUCAAAGGUGUCAUCAGAUGGAAUACGUGCAGAGCUAAACGAACUUCGCAGCCGUUUGCCUAGAUCGUUCUCAACAAACGUCAGUAUUUUGGACUUGGCAGAGGCACCGGUUGUAUUGACGUCAAACUCUCAUGUACAUCAAAGUACGAUAAGGGUUUCUGCUGACAAAGCUCAUGGUUCGAUGUUAAAUUCUCUACCGCAUAUUUCGAAUCGUUCUCAUUAUCCCUCAACAUUGUUGCCACGCGAAUGCUUUGAUGUCAUUGUCUUUCACAUAGACACACAAUCUGACCCAAUUGGUUUGAUGUCCGAAGACAAGUACAUGGAAAGCGUUGUCGUAGAAGUAGCGCCAAAGAAACGCAUUGGCAGUGGAACUUUAAAAAGAACAUGUGUUGUCGAUACUGGAAGUACUGUCGGAUCGGCAGUCUCGGAACAUACACCAGAUAACGCUUCUGAUCUGGAAGAGGAAGCAGAAGAUCAACAUGAAGUCGGCUCAAUACCGAGCAGCCUCGAAGCUCCUCAAGAGCACAGCGGUUCCCCAAGCCUCGAUGGUCGUGAGUCACCACUCAGUCAAGCGCCUGGUCGCGGAUUGCAGGAUAACCACGAGAUCGAAACUAGUGACCUUUUUGCGGCGUCUACAGCAGCUGGUUCUGAAGUGGAUCCGUCCCAGCGGGUACUUCCUACGGGAGUCCCUGUGGCUGUGCGUAAACAAAAUGCUGAAGGCCUCGAAGAAAAGUUCGGAAAAUUUACUGUGCCCAUAUCGCAGCAGAGUAGACGUAUGUUGCUUUAG